GUUGCGAGCUAGCGUGUCAUGUAACCUUUCAGCUGUUAAAUCAAUCUCAUUUCUUGUCUUUGUUCUUUUUAUUCUACGUUUGACUAACUGUGACUGGGCAUGAACAUCUUCUUCCUUUAAUGAUUUGCAUACAAACGGGGUAUUAAGCAGUAUAACGGCAAAUUGAGGGAAACAGGUGUUAAACUGUGUGGUAAAGGCAAAAUUGUGCAUUAUGUUAAAUUGUGUAAUUUUCUGGUUCUGAACCCAUCAGAAAUAGUAGUUUCCUCACCAUUCUGUCCGCCUGAAACGCCACUGCUUAUGUAUUAAGGGCUAAAUGAUCCUGUAUCCUGACAACUACUCAGUGAGAUGUCCCUGAACAUGACACAAACAUGAAACCAUAAAUACCUAAUAUAACAAAAAAAAAAUAAAAAAAUGGAACAUCAGCCACCCAGGGUACCCAAAAGGCCCACAUCAGCACUAAGGUAUCGCCAGGUGCGUCCUGUAAAAUUGAUCUCAUGGCUCCGUCUUGUUGAAAAGUCCUAUCAUAUAAUAUGUUUUUAUUUUGGUUGUCCCUGAGAACCUGGUGUCAGUAUUAUUUGUGCAAGGAGUAAUGGUUGGUCUCAGAGCAAGUAAAGAAGCUGUCAUGUAUUGUGUGUUGUGUACUAUAUGGAAACUUAGAGGUGAUUGGUUGCAUACAUAUUGUACAUGAGGUGGGAGGUGGUGUGUCAAUAGGGCCAAAUUCAGUCUGGCUCAACCAUGCAAACAAGUUGAUGUUUAAUUGAGAUGUCAGGUUAAGUUCCCGUGGGUUCCAGUGCAUGCAGGGGUGAGUGGGAAUGAAAGGGCAGAUGAGUUGGCAAAGAGGGCUUUAAAGAAAGGAAGUAUAUGCAAAUUAGUAUCAGUAAAGCAGUCAAGUGUAUUAUUUGGGGAAAAAUCCACCAAAUGUGGCAAAAAAGGUCAGAGAAGAUAAAAGGAUACAUGUAUAUCGUGUCCAAGUUACCAAAGUAGUUUGAACAGGAGAGAGGAAACAGUGUUGACAAUUGAUCCAGUGUGCGCGAACCAAAACACUGAAAAUGCCAGACAGACUGGUGUGAGGGAUGUGGAGAACAGGGGUCAGUUGAAGGUGCUUGUCAGAUGCUAGGAUUUUAUAGGUCUAGAGUGUAAAACAUGGAGGAUAAAUAUAUAGGUUAACGUGGUAUGUAUGGUAUUUUAUUUUGUGUGUGUGAUUUGUUUUGUUUUGAUGGAAAGAUUGUAAGUAUCUUGUCUGAUCCACACUCCACGGAAAGUGGCGCUAAUGCACCGAUAAGCUGGACGCCAACCACCGUAAAACCAGAAGAAGAAGAAGAAGAAGAACAACAACAACGGUCAGUUAUCUCCAAAAUAAGAGAAGAGAAGCAGCAUAUCCAACAAUGUCACGACUGCUUUUACCAAAUGGUUUUUGUGUCAAAUGUACCCUACUAACAGCGCGCGGGCCUCCUUUGCUGACAUCGCGAGCCGGAGCGCGAGUCAAGCGUAAGCCGAGUGUAUUUGUUCAACAGCAAAUACGGUAUGUCGGAGGGUCAAACACAGCGUUUUUUAAAUACCGGUCAAAGUCCAGGAUUUGGAUAUGCGGGGUCGCUGUGGGGGUCGCUCUAGCUGUCGGACUGAAAUACCGCGAUGACACAGCCAACACUUCCUGUGAGGAUGAAGCAGAAGAAGCACAGAGGACUGGUCGAUACAGCGAUGCCAUAAAAGUUAGCUGGGAGCUUGUGGAGAGGGUAAAGACUGAGGUCGGGGCUCCUGGUCUGGUGGUUGGGGUCUCCGUGGAUGGUGCUGAAGUCUGGAGUGAAGGGAUCGGUUAUGCUGAUUUGGAGAAUCGCGUGCCGUGCAGCCCGGAAACGGUGAUGCGGAUCGCCAGCAUCAGUAAGCCCCUCACAUCUGCAGCUGCCGCACGACUGUGUGAGGAGGGGAAACUACAACUUGACGUGCCUGUCCAGAAAUACGUCCCAGAAUUUCCCCAGAAACAAUUUAGCGGAGAGGAUGUCACAAUAACCCCUCGUAUGAUUCUGUCCCACCUGAGUGGUAUACGGCAUUACGAGAAGGAUGCAAAGAAAGUGAAGGAGCACAAGGAGAAACCUAAGCGUCUCUUAAAGCCAGCGAAGAAGGAAGAUGAAAAGAGCUCACCUGAAAACAAAGAUAAACCUGCAACAGAACCAAACACCAAAGACAAAGAAGCCACUCAGGAGAAGAAAAAAGAGUUUGAGCACGAGGAAUACUACUUGAAGGACAACUUUGAAAGUGUCACUGAGGCCUUGGACCUCUUCAAGGACGACCUACUCAUUUUCAAACCGGGCACCACUUUUCUGUACUCCACCCACGCCUUUACCCUGCUAAGUGCUGCUGUGGAGCGAGCUGCUGGACAGCGCUUCCUGGAUGUCAUGACGAACAUGUUCCACGAGCUGGGAAUGCUGAAUACUGUGCCCGAUGAGAACGACCCUAUUAUUUACCACCGCUCCAGAUUCUAUCACCUCAACAAGAGAGGACGUGUCAUGAACUGCCCAUAUGUAGACAACUCCUACAAGUGGGCAGGAGGCGGCUUCCUCUCCACGGUGGGUGACCUGCUGCUGUUCGGUAACGCGCUGCUCUACAGCUACCAGGUGGCCCACCUGAAGGACACCGAGGGCUUUCUCCCUGGCUUUCUCAAACCCCAAACUGCCAUCGAUCUUUGGUCACCAGUUGACAGGACGGAGGCAAGCUGGGACAAGGACGGACUGUAUGCCCAAGGCUGGCUGGUAGUGGAGAAACUACAGAAAUACGGGCAGUGCAGGAAGCGAAGACACUAUGUGUCACACACAGGAAGCGCUGUGGGGGCGAGCAGCGUGCUCCUGGUGUUACCCAGUGAGGAGAUAGAUGAGAACCAAGGACGGACCCCUCUCCUCCCUCAGGGAGUGGUGGUCACCAUCAUCACUAACAUGCAGUCGGUUGGACUCAACAGCACAGCACUGAAAAUUGCACACGAGUUUGAUAAAGCCAGACGCCUGUAAGAGUCGGUUGUUUACAGAAGUGCGAGUUUCACAUUUUACUGAGAAGUAUUUCAGAUCAACCUUGAAAACCGUGACAUUUUGAUACAUCUAUUUGCGAAUUUAACUCCACUUACUUUCCAUUACAACCCUUGCAUACUGCCACUCGGUGGAAGCAAUUUACAGCAACUCGACACACAAAAAGAAGCCACUGACUUAUGGCAUCGGUUUGUCGGGUUAAUACAGAGGUUCAUGCAUCUCCACCUUUUUAAAAAGCUAAUACAACAGUGUUGUAAUAACUGUAAUUCUGCAUUUGAGAGAAAUAAAAACAUUUUAUAUACAAUGGAAAGAGGUUGGUUGCUUUUUAAAGACGCAUGGUACCCCUUCAAAGUCUCUACAUCCCAUGUAGUGACUUUUAGGGCCCACCCUGAACACGUAUAUCUUCUCAUAGCAACAUGACGUGCUUUGGGGAAAACUCUGCUGUGUGUUGACCUAAUACUGCACUUCUAUCAAUAAUCAAUAGGGUCACAUUUUUUUGUGUAUUCACUGCUGAGCCAACUUUUGAGUCUUAAAAUGUACUUCAACCACAAGUACAAUCCUGUCUUUGUAUUUAAAGGAACAAGAACCAUUCCAGAUGUUGAUGCCUGAAUGAGUUUGAUGCAGAGAUAGAUUGUUGAUGGUAAUUCAGAGAACAACUAAGCUGUUGGCAGUCCAAAUGUAGCUUUUUUUCUCCUACAGUUUGUUGUUGGCAGCUGUUUGACAAUACUUGGAAGUCCAUCAAAAUGGAAAGACGAACAGACUUUUGUCUAUCCAGUCCAACAAGUUUGAAUUGUCUCUUAACCUCGCGGAUUUGAUGCCACCAUUUUCAUUAUAAGACUCCUGGGAUCUCCUCUGCCCCUGUUUUUAGAUUUAUAGGACUGAUGAAUGGCUUGGGAUACGCUAAUUAUACAGACUCCCACGCACACAGUGUGUCGCUACGUUUGCUGCCUGUGUGUAGUCGUGCAUGUCCAGCUUUGUGAGAGCCAGUUUGAGUGUUAAAACUGCAGAGUAAAGACAAUUUUGAAAAGUGAGGUCAUCUUGACCAGUCCUGGCUGCUUCAAGGGGCAAUUAUGGUUUGGGGUUAAGAUCAAAUGUAGGAUUAGGUUAAGAAUAGGCUAACGUUUGAGGUUAGGAAUGAAGUGCUGAUGGUUAGAGGAUGGAAAAUGACUAGUCCAUCGUGUGUGUGUGUGUGUGUGUGUGCGCGCGCAGUAUCCCACCAGAAAUCACACAGUCAAAUCUUUCAGUAUGAGGGUUCAUUGCAUAUAUUAACACAAACUAAUAUUUAUUUAAUAGCAUAUUGAACAUAUUGAUUGAUACAGAGGGGUAUUUCAUAAUUCAAUAUUUCAAGUUCAAUAUUUAGAAUAAUAGUUCACAUAAUAUUACAAAGCCCAACUAUGCUUUGGACAUUUCAGGCAAAGCACAUAGAUUGAAAUGUGAUUUAAAAUGAGUAACACCAGCGCCAACUUAAUAGCUUUGUUAAAAAGGCUGCUGUGCAAGGCGUGAUUCAAUUCCCACCCACUCUCAGUUGUUGUUUGUGUGUAAAUGAAUUACACCUUUCUGUAGCAAACAGCAUGGACUCAAGAAAUCUCACGAUGUGUUUGUCAGCUCUUGACUUAAGUUAAAGGACAACUUCGGUGUUUUUCAACCUUGACUCUAUUUUCC